AUGGCAAGUAAAAGAGAAGGGGAUAAAGAAAAGGAGCAUCAGGAAGAAGGAAAGCAAAAAGAAAAGGAUGUACUGAAUCUGGUGCUGGCGACGACCUUGGCCGUGAUGGCGUCUGAGGCAUCGCACGACUUCUCGUUCGACGCGCCACUCCACCCUAUACGACCCAAGUUGAUUUCAGAGUCGGUGGGACUCAACGAACUACCUACGAAGAUUAUCAAAAUCGUAAGGACUGUUGCGGUCAAGGUUCCCGUGCCAUACCCUGUCAAGAUACCGCACCACAUACCCGUGCCAGUGCCAGUGCACCAUCCGGUGGCAGUGCCAGUGCCGCAGAUAGUCAAAGUUCCGCAUCACGUGCCGGUACCAGUGGAGAAGCCGGUCCCUGUGGAGCUACCCCAGCAGGUGCCGGUGUUCGUGUCGAAGCCAGUGCCCCUGCCACAUCCGGUACCAGUUCCUCAGCCGAUCGCCAUCAAUCGACCUGUCUACAUUCCAGUGCCUAAACCUCUGCCUUAUCCCGUACACCAUCACGAGCACGAGGCCCACUCGGUUGAUGUGCACGCGAGCCUCUAUGCAAGAGAGUCUGAUUUUGACACUUCACACGACGGAACUGAAAAUACGCAAGACGAAGGAAACAAAGCUGAGACUCAAGAUGCAGCAGCCAGUUCGCAUUAUUUUAACGACUUUCGACCAUCCCAACCAGAUUUUGCUUCACCUGAACAGUGA